GCCAUCAAUGACAGGAUUCUAUCCUUGGAUUACGGAAACUACAAGGCAGAGAUAAGAACUGCAGAUGCUCAGGAGUCCUACAAGGAAGGAGUGAUUGUUUUAGUAACAGGAUACUUAACUGGAAAGGACAACGUGAGAAGGAAAUUUACUCAAACCUUCUUUCUAGCUCCACAAGAGAAGGGCUACUUUGUCCUUAAUGACGUGUUUAGGUUUGUUGAGGAAAGUGAAUCAUUGGAGGUUAAUUCCAUGUCAGUUAAUGGCAUCAAUGACAAUACUCUUGUGCCCCCCUUGCCGUCAGAUCCAGAGCCCAUUCGUGGUCCUGAUCAUUCUGUAUUGGAGCCUGCUGUGACCUUUGAGGCUGAGGAUAUAAAUAAUGGCGCCGAAGUUUGUGAUCCCUCGGAUCAUGAGGAAGAAUCAGUUAUUGAAGGAGAGGUUAUUGACGAGCCCCCAACUCAUUCAAGUGAGAUUGAGGCUAAUACAGUUGUCAAUUCAGAUACUUCUGCAGCUCAAGAGGGGAAGAAAUCUUAUGCUGCAAUGGUGAAGGUAACUAAGGUUACUAAAGCAUUUACUCCAGUCUAUGUUCCUACCAGUAGCAACAGGGUGGCACCUGCAAAUGCUGAUCAACAGUCAGUGGGUCCUGCCAAACCAGCUCCUGAAUUAGAAGCAUCAGCUCCUGUUAGUGACAUUGCUCCUGAAAGUACCACUGCUCAUGAGGAAGUUGAAGGUCACUCCAUAUACAUACGGAACUUGCCUUUGAAUGCAACGGUUGCACAGCUUGAGGAGGAGUUCAUAAAAUUUGGGCGUAUUAAACAUGGUGGCAUCCAAGUCCGAAGUAACAAGCAACAGGGAUUUUGUUUUGGCUUUGUUGAGUUUGAAUCAUUGGAUUCCAUGCAGGCUGCUAUACAGGCCUCACCCCUAACAAUCAGGGGUCACCAAGCUGUUGUUGAGGAGAAGAGAACUACCACUCGAGUUGGCAGCAGCGGGAGAGGGAGGUACACUUCAGGCAGGGGUGGAUUCCGGAACGACAGCUUCAGGAGCCGUGGGAACUAUGGUGGUGGCAGGGCCUACAGCCGGAACGAGUUCAGAAACCAGGGGGAAUUUUCCGGCCGACCAAAGGGUCCGAGUGGACGAAAUGGAGAGGGUUACCAACGUGUUGAUCAAAAUGGAAGUGAGAGAGGCGGUCGUCAAGGUGGGAUGAAUAAUAAUAAGGGUGUUGCUUCAGGGUAACAAAGGUUAGUAAAUAUAUCUUGUCUGACAGGUGAUUUUUUGGCAGUAAAUGGGGGAUAUUUCUGUUUCUUAGUCUUGGACUGGUGUUUCUAUUUUUAUUAUGUCAACCCCUAUUUUUAUUGUUGGGAUCGUGAUUAGGUUACAUGAGUUAGUAAGUUGUUCGGUGCAUUUGAGGAUUCUUCUUCCAUCAAUGAUGUGAAAAAUGUGUUAUGAUCU